GUCAUAUUCCCAUAAAUCCCCCUCCCUAAGCGGCUCCUUACAAUAAAAUUAUGCACAAACUAGUCGCUGUGUUUCUCUGCUCACGGCACAGCACAGCACUGAAGCUUCACUUUCGCUCCUGCUUGAAUCAAAUAUGCAACAAGAACAGGGUGGAAAAUCUGACACGGAAGUGACAUGGGAAGAUCAACAGAACAUCAACAAAUUCGGAAGAUUAAACAACAGAUUUCAUGAGCUUGAAGACGAAAUCAAGAUCGCCAAGGAAACAAAUGAGAACCUGGAGGAUGCAGGCAAUGAAUUGAUUCUGACAGAUGAAGAGAUUGUUCGGUUCCAAAUUGGAGAAGUCUUUGCCCAUGUACCUAAGGAAGAAGUGGAGACCAGGAUAGAAGAGAUGAAAGAAGUGACUAGUAAGAACUUGGAAAAACUUGAGGAAGAGAAGGAAUCUGUACUUGCCCAAAUGGCUGAGUUGAAGAAGAUUCUAUACGGGAAAUUCAAGGACUCCAUUAACCUAGAGGAGGAUUAAUAGGAUAUGAAUUGCUAUUUGCCCGUAAUCCAGUUGCCUCUUUGCUUUGGUCUUUAUAUGAUUUACCUUUCGUCAAGAAACUGACAUACUUCAGUAGUUUGUAUGGACAUAAUAUUUGUAGACAUUUUGACAGUCCAUUGAUGUAUGAAUCCUAGUCCAGUGUUUUAUCUUGAA